ACAGUAGCAAAGUACCUCCAUAACGGCACUAAGAAGCGUGGAUUAUCAAUAGAAAUCUUGUGUUUAUGUGGAGGUUGGAAGAAAUGCAUUCUCUGCGUAAAUUAAGAGAACCCUGUUUGUUUGUGGUGGCCUGAGAUACAAUAACAUCAUUCAACAUGGUUAAAGAACAGAAAUGCAUUCUUUGUGAAACUAUCUACAGCUCCAAACAGGAGAUGGAAGAGCACAUGAGAAGUAUGCUGCACCACCGGGAGCUGGAGAUUCUGAAAGGCCGGGACUGUGGACACGAGUGCCGGGUCUGCGGUGUAACAGAGGUGAGCCUGACCGACUAUGCCAGUCACAUUUCCAGCCCUUUGCAUAAACAGCACAUUGAGGAUCAGAAGAACCGGCCCACAAACGAAGACCAAGAUGAAGAGUACUUUGACAAGGACAUUGUGCAGCAUAUCGAGCAACGCAAAGAAAUGAUCAGGAAAGAAGAGGCUUCUGCAAAGCAGGCUAAAGAAGAGCAGGAAGAACGCAGGAGGUGGCAGGAGCUUCGGACUCAGUGGCUUGGGCCAAGGCCUUUGAUGUACCAGCAGUGUGGCCCUUGGGACCGGCCCUAUCCUAACUUUCCUCAGAUGCCCAAAAGGGGCAGAGGCUCCAAAUGGCAGAAUUUGAGAUUUUCAUCCCCUGAACAUGGCAAAAGGUUUCAUCCUAGCCGAGAUGUUAGGUGUGCCACGUGGCAUGCUCAAGGACCGCCUAACUUGCAGAAAUGGGACUCUGUUGGUCGUCAUGGAGGGAGAUUCCACAACCAAGGAAACUUUUGGGGUGGUAGACAAGGUGGAUUUGGAGUCUGCCCUCCACGAGCCUGCCCUCCACAACUGAGAAACCAAUUUCCCUGGAACAACAGUCAGUUUAAUGUCCCAUGGAAUGGACAAUAUAUGUCACCACCUAGGCUCUUUAAAUCACCUGCAAAAGAGCCUCAAAAGACACCCAGCAGCUCUGAGAAUCAGACACAGGGUGAACAGAUUCUAGAAGAAUCUGGUGGAGAGCAUGAUCCCAACAAAGGUAAGGGUCAAAAGUCAGAGAAGGCUCACCAAUGGGCACCAUAUCCACAAGCUAAACUUGGGGAUCCUUCAUCCCAGACUAACCCUCAGCCAACAUUAGAUAAUUCAGAUGUGGAAUCUCCUCAAACCUCUAGUUUCAACGUGGGCAGUCAGGACAUGGAGAGGAUAUCCAAGGCAGACCAAAAAAAUUGUCAGUAUAAACCCACAGAACCUGAAGAGAGUGAUUGCAGGGAGCAGAAUAGUUGCUUCAAGAACAUUGGCAGUACUAGCAUGGAUAGUUUCUCCUACCCCUCCACCUCAACCACUAGGAGAACAGAGAAGCCCAGCAAGCUUGCUGAAGAUGGUUCAGAAAUGAAUCUCAAACAAACAGGAAGGCAAGACUUUGUCAGCUCUAAAGGUUUUAAGCAUUCCCAUUCAAGCUCUGAAUUCCCACAACAUGCCACUUCCAAUGCAGAGCAAGAUCUGCUGUCAGAGAUGCUGCAAAAAGCUAAAGAGACAUUGCUUAAUAGAAAUAACUCUAAUGACAUAUCUGGUACAGAGAGCUGCCUCAAAGGAUCAAAGGCUGUGCCUCAGAUUAAAGAGCACGUAGAGAGUUCAGAACUAAAGAAUCAAAAAUUACAUGAGAGUAAGAAGACACUUAAUAAAAACAAGGUUCAAGAAAGUUUGGGUUUUGUGAAAAGUUUAAGCAAUGAACAAGAGCAGUUAACCAGUACUGAGACCUCAGUACAGAUUGGCAAUGUGCGCAGUGACACUAGGCCAUCUCUGCAGUCCUUACAAGUUAGUACCUCCACUAUGGACCACGAAGAUGAGGAGGAGUGUGGUGAAAUGGAAGAAAAUCAAGUCAUGGACACUCUGGAUGAAGGUUUGUGCUCAACUGGUGAGGGGUCCCACAGCAGCCCAUCACAACAAACUGCCGGUGACUCUGUGCCCCCUUUAAGUAAGCUUGCCUUGCCUGCAUGUCUACAAAGGGAUCUGAACCGUCAUAUGGGCACCAAAGCCGCAUCCCAUGAACCCAACUUGAAUAUUGCAAGGCGUAUUAGAAAUGUGAGUGGCACGCGAAAGAAUGAGACUGACAAGGACUCAGGACUUAAACCCACUUUGCGGCAGCUUAUUAGCUCCUCUGGCUCAAGACGGAAUGUCAACUGGGACCAGGUCUACCAGGAAGUCAACCGAAAGAAGCAGGGCAAGGGCUUACCAAGAUUUGGUAUAGAAAUGGUGCCCUGUGAACCUGAGGGUCCAAACCAAAUGAAUGAAGAUGAUGUACCUCUUUCUGAGGGCUUUCAUUGGGACUCUCUGGUUGAAUUUAAUCAAGUGCCUUCCCGUAAGCGUAGCUUGUCUGAAAGCAAUGUGGCCAAAGAGGAUUCUGCAGGUACCAGCUCCCUCCCCAAAGCUGUAGAACCAGUGAGAGACUCUCCUGCUUGUGGCCCCUCACAGCCACCAAGGAGAGAGGAGUUACAGUCCAAAGGCCAUCUGGAAAUUCAAGGUUCUAUAGGGCCUUCUAAGGGCCCAGAGGAAGUUGUAGAAGACGGCAGUUGUAGAUCAGAGCCUGAACUGAUUGACACGCAAGGAGCUGGGAAGAAACGCAGAGCUCCAGGGGAUGUUGUGUCUCCAGAGAUUCCUGAUGACGAUAGGAAAAACAAGAGGCAAAAAAUUAAGGCUAAGAAAGAGCGCUCGCAAGUGGAUCAGUUGCUGGCUGUAUCUCAACGUGAGGAGGAGCUUAACACAUCUCUUCAGGCUGUCGACAACAGUCUUAUUCAGGCACGUGCUGCCCUGCAAGCUGCCUAUUUGGAAGUGCAGCGCUUGCUUAUGGUGAAACAACAGGUAACUAAUGAGAUGAACUCUUUGAGAACCAAGCGCAUUGAAAUUCUUCAAGGAAUGCAAGGUGAAUUUGAGUCAAAAGAAAGAGAGAGGAACAGUGAGGACAUCUUAACUUCUUCAUCAACCCAGGUUUCUCAGAUCACCGCCAACCCUGUUCACCCAACAACAGCUGCUCACUCAUCCUCUUUAAGCUCCUCACUGCCUGUUACCAUCAAACAGGAGCCCGUCUCUCAAUGUAACCUCAUUCCUGAGCCUAACCUUGUCAAAAGCCCCCUCCCAGCACCUCAAAGUACCACACCUGUCCAAACUUUGUUUGCAACCUGUCAAACAGAUACUACCUUCAGCAGUAAGAUGGAGGCUUCACGAGACGCCACAAGCAUGGCUUUGACAGCAGCUUCCUCAGUUCACAGAUUACAGCCGUCACCCGUCAAAGAAAUUCAUCCAAAUUCGAGCUCUCAAGAGGGGUUAGCCAACCUGUCUUCCUCACUUAUGUCUGCAACCCUCUCUCCUAAGCCACUGUCUCCCUCUAACCACCUAGAAACUAAUCCAGUUAAGCGUGUUCGAAAGCUAAAGAAGAGAAAGUGUCUUAAUAAAGCAAAGUUGAACGAGCAGCCUGAAAUCAGCGAAUCUGAGCUUGAUGCAGAGCGGCCCGCUACCCGACCUACCCGCAAGUGCCGACCUCAUCUGCGAUCCAGCAGCACGAACGUCUCACCCCCCACACCAGAAGAGAAAGAUGAAAAUGAAGAGAUGGUGGUGACCGAAGCAUCAAAGGCGCAACCACAGGGAACCAAGCUAGCAACACCACCACCAAUGAAUGAACGUCACUCUGAUUCAUCUGAACUGGAGAUGGUGGAGCUUCCCCAACCUGAUAUUGAUAUUGACAUUGUCAAUCUAGAUUCUUCAGACCCAGAAGAGAUGCCUGAAAAGAAGGCCAAGGAGUCAGCCACUGCAUACACAACAGACCAUGCCGUCAAGGACCCUCAAAAUCUUGCCUGCAAUGAGGUCACCUCCACUAGUGAAAUUGAUACUAGCAGUAUAGUCAAGGCUUGUGAAAGUGAAGUAAAAUCAGCCUCAGUGUUGGAGUCCAAGGUGCCUUCAGCUAUAUCAGAUCCUGGGGAGGAGGAGGUGCCAACAGAAGGGGAGUUUGAAGGCCAUCAAGAGGCUGUGAAUGGAAUGCAGAUCCAUAACGGACUGCUGUACACUUGCUCAGGGGACCGCACUAUACGCGCUUUCAACCUGAUAAGCCGGAAGUGUAUGGCGGUGUUUGAAGGUCACAGCAGUAAAGUGAAUUGUCUGUUGGUGUCAUGUGGAGGAGGCCUGCAACAACGCCUGUAUUCGGGAUCAAGUGACCAGACCAUCCGCUGUUACAACCUCAAAACAACAGAGUGUGUGGAACAGCUGUCUCUCCCAGAUCGAGUGCUUUGUCUUGGUGUGUUCACACCAGACGCGAAUUCUCAUGACAGACUUCAAGUAUAUGGUGGACAUUCAGACAUGGUGAUGUGUAUGGUCAUCCACAAGAGCAUGAUCUACACAGGCUGCUAUGAUGGGAGCGUGAGAGCUGUCAGAUUGAACCUGAUUCAGAACUACCGCUGCUGGUGGUACGGUUGUACGCUAAUCUUUGGCGUGAUGGAGCACCUGCAGCAGCACCUGCUGAACGAUCACACCAGCCCAGCACAGCAAACAUUCAAAUGCCGCUGGAGGAACUGCGACACCUUCUUCACAACCCGCAACGGCUCCAAACAGUCUCAUGACAGACUUCAAGUAUAUGGUGGACAUUCAGACAUGGUGAUGUGUAUGGUCAUCCACAAGAGCAUGAUCUACACAGGCUGCUAUGAUGGGAGCGUGAGAGCUGUCAGAUUGAACCUGAUUCAGAACUACCGCUGCUGGUGGUACGGUUGUACGCUAAUCUUUGGCGUGAUGGAGCACCUGCAGCAGCACCUGCUGAACGAUCACACCAGCCCAGCACAGCAAACAUUCAAAUGCCGCUGGAGGAACUGCGACACCUUCUUCACAACCCGCAACGGCUCCAAACAGGCAGUACACUGUCACAUGCAGAAACAUGCUGAGGACGACAGUAAAAUGGAGCCAUGAGGGGCCAAAGCAAUUUCACAGACAUAGUCUCCUCUUUUCCCAUAUUGGGGAUGUCUCAUUCAGCCCUCACCAGAGGAGCCCUGUUCAUGGGCAUAUUUUUAUAUAAACCAUCAGAUACCAACAACUGCCACUUUAGAUGAUUCACAGUGAUGGUUGAUUUUAAUCUCUGAGUAAUCAGUUUUAUGUAAAAAAAAAGACAAGUGCUACUGUAAUUUCAAACAAAAAUAAGAAAAUGUCUCUAUAAGUGGAUUUGAUUUGUUGGUAUUUUGAUUGAUUUCUGUAUCAGACGCUUCUCCAAGUCUCUCAUCUGAUCAUACACUGUAUCGUAUCAUCAGCUCUGAGAUUUAUUGACCAAAUAAAGACAGAAACUGUGGGAAACAUUUGGGUACCGGUGCAUCAGCUCCCUCAGCAAACACGUGUAGCUCACUGUUGUGUGUGCCAUAUGAGUUUAGAGAUCUUCUGAUGUGGAGUGAUUUCAGAAAGCAUGAGACUUGUCGUGUCGAGCAACCAGAUUUUAGUGUUGUAACGUUGCAGGCUUUUAUGAAGGACAAAUUCAAUGGAUUUUCUGGUUUCGUGGUAUUACAUACCUGUCAAAGCAAACUGUUAUUCUGGGACACUUGCAUUUCAAUCUGUUUUACGAAUGCAAAAGUCUAAUUAGUCAAGUUGCGUCUGCCGAUUUUAUUUGGGUUUCUUUUUCUUUUCUUUUUUAAUUGUUCAUUCAAAUGUAGUCAUUUGAGUGGUUGAAUCAUUUUCCAAUAUUUUCUUUUCUUUUUUUCUUUUCUGUGGUUGCUCACAAUUGGUUAAGUAGAGUCGAAGGAUUCCGGUUUGCCGUGACAAGUCUGCUGUUGAAAUGUUUGCCUUGCUGUUGACAGAGACUGAAAUGUGCCAGUUCGUGUGCGAUUGUAAGCCAUUGAGAACAAAUGUUGAAUGUGUUUUAUGGCAGUGGUUCCCAACCCUGGUCCUGGAGGCACCCCAACACUGCACAUUUUGCAUGUCUCCUUUC